AUGGGUGUUACUGGCCUCUGGACCGUUUUGCAGCCCUGCGCGCGGCCGAUUAAGAUUGAGACGCUGAACAAGAAACGACUGGCUGUCGAUGCGUCCAUCUGGAUCUACCAGUUCCUCAAAGCUGUGCGCGACAAGGAAGGAAAUGCGUUGCGGAAUAGCCAUAUCGUUGGCUUCUUUCGCCGAGUAUGCAAGCUACUUUUCAUCGGCAUAAAGCCUGUGUUCGUCUUCGACGGGGGCGCCCCGACAUUGAAGCGACAGACUAUCCGCCACCGUAGGUCGCGCAGGGAAGGCAGACGAGACGAUGCACUCAAGACAGCCGGGAAGCUGUUGGCAAUACAGAUGCAGAGGGCUGCGGAGGAAGAGGAUAAGAAGAGGAAGGAAGCUGCCAAACAUCCACGGGAAACCCAGCAAGACGAGGAGAUACCUGAAAACUUAGUCUAUGCAGACGAACUACUCCAAACGCCCCAGGAACGGACCCAGAACCGCACAUUCAAAAGAAAAGACCAAUAUCAUUUGCCAGACCUGGGCAAGUCCAUGUCAGAAAUGGGCGCUGCGAACGAUCCCAGAGUCAUGUCUCUGGAGGAACUGGAAGAGUAUGCGCGGCAGUUCGAUAGAGGCGAAGAUAUCAAUGUUUAUGAUUUCUCCAAGAUCGACUUUGAUGGCCACUUUUUCCAAAGUCUGCCCCCUGCCGAUCGCUAUAAUAUUCUGAACGCAGCCAGGCUGCGAAGUCGGCUCAGGAUGGGCCACUCGAAGGAACAGCUUGAUGCAAUGUUUCCCGACAGAAUGGCGUUCUCCAAAUUCCAGAUUGAGCGUGUGCGCGAACGUAAUGAACUUACGCAACGUUUGAUGAAUCUCAACGGCAUGAAUGACGAUUCCUUUGGCAGCGGUGGUUUUAAUCGCGUUGCUGGUGAGAGAGAUAGGGAGUAUGUCCUUGUCAAGAAUGACGGAGUUGAGGGUGGUUGGGCCCUCGGCGUGGUUUUGAACAAGGAAGCCGGAAAAGCUCACAAGCCAAUUGAGGUGGAGCCGCCACAACCCUCAACCAAAGAUGAAGAUGAAUGGGAAGACGACGAAGAUUUUGAGGAUGUGCCCAUCGAAGGCUUGAAUCGGCUCCCUAAACCUAAAGUAGGGUUGAGUGCACAGGAAAAAGAAGGUCGCGAGUUCAUUGCAAAUGAGUUGGCAACAAGGCGUCGACAGCUUUACAGGUCAAGGAAAGAAAAGCCAAAGCAAUCUGCUCCCAAAAGGGCUGUGCCAGUGGAUCAAAACCCCGAUUCGUUGUUUCUUGCCGAUGACAACGAAGACGAAGACUGGAUGGACGUGCAUGCCAGUGGCGGUAACGAUUUGGCCGAGGAUGCGGGCGACGAACUUGAGAACGAACAGUUACAACAAGCGAUUGCAUUGUCAAUGCAGUCAGGAGUACAACAACAUCAAGAAACUGCUGAAGAGUCCGAAGAAGACCCAGUUCGUGAGGUCUUUCAACAAAGGCGUGUUGAAGAGACCAAUCCCUUCACCGGGACCAAGGGCUCUGGACUUGCUAUUGGAAGACUUGCCAACCAGCGUAGUAGUAAACUGACUACGAAGGGCCCUUUUGAAGGUAGUGACAGCGAAGAUGAAAUGGACCUCCAGAGUGCGCUGGCAGAGUCUCGCAAGUCAAAACGUCCUACCAACGUGCAAAAACCAUUGUCCAAACAUAAUGCUCAAGCAUCUUCAGCAACUGUCGAAUCUGCACCGACAAAGAUCAACUCUUCGGGUUUUGAUGGGCCUCUUCCGUUUGAAAGACUCAAUCUGGGUAACUCCCUGCUUGGCAAGAAAAAGAUGGAAAAGCUGGAGGCUGAGAAUGCUGGAGGCUUUGAGAAGAACUACGCAGAGGAGAAAAAGGCCGCAGCACCACUUCCGCCAUGGUUUAACGCGUCACGGGAUAUUGCUUUAGAGGUCAACUCUCAACGACAGGAAGAAAAGUUGCUAUGGGAGGAAGCUCGUCAAGAAGAAAAGAGCAGAUUCCAGUUCCAAGAACUCCCGAGUUUACGCAAGCAAGAUAUGAAGGAAGUCAUUGAUGUGGACGCACCCGCCAGUCAAAGCCAGAAGCAAGUAAUCGAGAUUGAGUCAGAUGAAGAUGCUGAUGUCCAGAUGGAGGAUGUACAAACUGGAGAAGCCGAAUUGAAGAUGGGCGACCUAGCCGAAAAAGUUAGAGCAGAGCCGCCAAAACCGCUUUCCCCACAUCAGCCAUCGCCACCUCCUCAAGAUCCUGCUUUGGUGAAGAAGGGCUUAUUCACUGAGGAUUCUGACGAGGAGCCAGUGGACUGGCCGGAGAGUGAGCCGGAAGACGAAAGGCGCGCGCAAGAGAAAGCAACGAACGAUGUGGAGCCAAAGCCAGAGGCACGACAAGCUUCUGAAACUCCAUCUGACGAAUUUGAAGAUGUACCAACGCAGAUGGAUCCGGUUCCUGAACAUACAUCUGUUAAAUCACCAUCGCCUGAAUUCGAAGAUGUACCUUUGCAAGGUGAAACCACUUCAGCACCCGAGCAACCAAAGUCUCCGUCGCCCGAAUUUGAAGAUGUUCCGAUUAGACAGGAAAGGCCACGUCGACCUCAAAGAGAGUUUUCGCCAUUACAGGGUCCGGAAGACCUUACAAAGCCAAUUGUCCCAUACAGCGGCAUUGCUGACGAAAAUGUCCCUAUGGACAUUACAGAAGGCAAUGGUUCCGACCAAUACUCCGAUCCAGAAGAUGAAGAGCUAUUUGCCUCUCUAGCAAAAGAGGCCGAAGAGCACGCACGCUUCGCCCAGGAACUAAGCAACAACACCGCCACACGGGUAGACUUUGACGAAGAACUCAAGCAACUACGUGCUCAGCAGAAAAAAGACCGUCGAGACGCCGAUGAAGUAACCCAAACAAUGAUUUCUGAGUGCCAACAGCUCCUCACCCUAUUUGGCCUCCCCUACAUCACCGCGCCCAUGGAAGCCGAAGCCCAAUGCGCCGAACUUGUCAACUUGGGUCUCGUCGACGGCAUCGUAACCGACGACUCAGACACCUUCCUCUUCGGCGGCACCCGCGUCUACAAAAACAUGUUCAACGCCGCCAAAUUCGUCGAAUGCUACCUCUCCUCCGACCUAACUUCGGAAUUCAGCCUCACCCGCCAAAAACUAAUCGACAUUGCCCAACUCCUCGGCUCCGACUACACAGAAGGCAUACCCGGCAUUGGCCCUGUCACUGCCCUCGAAAUCCUCUCCGAAUUCAACGAUCUGACCAGCUUCAGAAAGUGGUGGGACGGCGUGCAAAACGGAUCCAUCAAGAAAUCCGACGACGCCCAAUCCUCCUUCCGCAAACGCUUCCGCAAAAAUCAAGCCACCAAGCUUUUCCUCCCAGCCUCCUUUCCCGACCCAAGAGUCGCAGACGCAUAUCUCCACCCGGAAGUCGAUUCCAGCCCCGAGCCCUUCCAGUGGGGCGUCCCCGAUCUCGCUGCGCUGCGCACUUACCUCAGCUCGCAGAUUGGGUGGAGUACCGAGCGCACGGAUGAGGUGCUUGUGCCUGUUAUCCGCGACAUGAAUCGUAGGGAGAAGGAGGGGACGCAGGCGAAUAUUACGAGGUUCUUCGAGGGGAGUGUGGGGGCGGGGGCGUUUGCGCCGAGGGUUAGAGGGGCAGAUAGUGGUGGGCCGAGUGGGAAGAAGAAGGGAAAGGGGGCCGCCGGGAAGAGGUUGGGGGCUGCGUUGACGAGGUUGGCAGAGAGGGAGGGAGCGAGGGGGGGAAGUGAGGGGGACAGUGAGGAGGGGGUUGAACGGGAUGAGGGUACGAAUGGCGGGAGGAAGAAGAGGAAGGUUGGGACGAGUAAGGCUGCGGAGAAGGAGGGUCAAGGUACAGGUGAGGAUGCUGGAGAAGACGAAGAGGAAGAUGAUGACGAAGAUGAAUUAUACGAGGAGCCUACGAAGAAGAAACCUAGGAAGACGCGAAAGGCAAAGGCAGUGUAG